CGCGGAAGGUGACGCUCUUGGUCCUGGAGGCGGCGCAGUACCUGAAAGGCGAUAGUUCCUGCUGGUUUUGCCGGGAGUCUUUCGCAGCUGCUUGUUCUGUGGCUGUGGCUCGUUCUGCGGCAGGCGGCCGGCCAUGGAACGCCCGGGGCCCAGUGAAGUGACAGGCUCAGACGCGUCGGGACCGGAUCCGCAGCUGGCGGUCACCAUGGGCUUCACCGGGUUCGGAAAAAAAGCUCGAACAUUUGAUUUGGAAGCAAUGUUUGAACAAACACGAAGAACGGCUGUGGAGAGAAGUCGGAAAACACUGGAAGCAAGAGAAAAAGAGGAAGAAAUGAACAGAGAGAAAGAAUUAAGAAGGCAAAAUGAAGAUAUUGAACCAACAUCUUCAGGCUCAAAUGUGGUCAGAGAUUGCUCUAAAUCAUGUUCCAGGGAUACAAGCAGCAGUGAAAGUGAAGAGAGUUCUGGUUCUUCUGAUGAUGAGUUAAUUGGCCCUCCUUUACCUCUUAAAAUGAUGAAAGAACCAGGUAAUCAUAUUGAGGAAGAUAUCGUUGGUCCUUUACCUCCACCUCUUUAUGAAGAUGCCGAAGAUGAUGAUGAUGAUGAUGACGGUGAUUCAGAGGAGGAGGAAAAUCCUGUCCAAAAGAUUCCUGACUCUCAUGAAAUAACUCUAAAGCAUGGCACCAAAACAGUUUCUGCUUUGGGUCUGGAUCCCUCAGGUGCACGUUUGGUGACUGGAGGAUAUGACUAUGAUGUUAAGUUUUGGGAUUUUGCUGGAAUGGAUGCCUCUUUUAAGGCAUUUCGAUCCCUUCAGCCCUGUGAAUGCCAUCAGAUCAAGUCAUUGCAGUAUAGUAACACGGGAGACAUGAUUCUUGUUGUAUCUGGAAGCUCUCAGGCUAAAGUGAUUGACAGAGAUGGUUUUGAAGUAAUGGAAUGUAUAAAGGGAGACCAGUAUAUUGUGGACAUGGCGAACACCAAGGGUCAUACAGCAAUGCUUCAUACUGGCUCAUGGCAUCCCAAAAUAAAGGGAGAAUUUAUGACUUGCUCAAAUGAUGCGACUGUGAGGACAUGGGAAGUUGAAAAUCCAAGGAAGCAAAGAAGUGUGUUUAAACCACGGACGGCGCAGGGUAAAAAAGUAAUUCCCACAACGUGCACAUAUAGUAGAGAUGGAAACCUUAUAGCAGCUGCCUGCCAGAAUGGAAGCAUACAGAUCUGGGACCGAAAUUUGACUGUUCAUCCUAAAUUCCACUAUAAACAGGCUCAUGACCCAGGAACAGACACUUCCUGCGUGACUUUUUCCUAUGAUGGUAAUGUCCUUGCUUCUCGUGGAGGUGAUGAUACAUUGAAAUUAUGGGACAUUCGACAGUUUAAUAAGCCACUUUUUUCAGCCUCGGGUCUUCCUACCAUGUUCCCAAUGACUGACUGCUGUUUCAGUCCAGAUGAUAAACUCGUGGUCACUGGGACAUCUGUUCAAAGGGGAUGUGGCAGCGGCAAACUUGUUUUCUUUGAGCGCCGGACUUUCCAAAGGGUGUAUGAAAUAGACAUCACAGAUGCGAGUGUUGUCCGCUGCCUGUGGCAUCCAAAGCUGAACCAGAUCAUGGUAGGAACUGGAAAUGGAUUGGCUAAAGUGUAUUAUGACCCCAACAAGAGUCAGAGGGGAGCAAAAUUAUGUGUGGUUAAAACCCAGCGGAAGGCGAAACAAGCCGAGACUCUAACCCAGGACUACAUCAUCACCCCUCAUGCCUUGCCUAUGUUCCGUGAGCCCCGCCAACGGAGUACAAGGAAACAGCUGGAGAAGGACAGACUGGAUCCCCUGAAGUCUCAUAAACCUGAACCUCCUGUAGCAGGCCCAGGUCGUGGUGGCCGGGUUGGAACCCAUGGGGGCACUCUGUCAUCAUACAUUGUGAAGAACAUUGCUUUGGACAAAACUGAUGACAGCAAUCCCCGGGAAGCCAUUUUGCGGCAUGCUAAAGCAGCCGAAGACAACCCAUAUUGGGUUUCUCCAGCAUAUUCUAAGACUCAGCCCAAAACCAUGUUUGCCCAAGUUGAAUCUGAUGAUGAGGAAACAAAGAAUGAGCCCGAAUGGAAAAAGCGUAAAAUCUGAAGACUCUCACGUGAAAGCUAUUUGCAUGAGGGGGAGGAAUAUUGGACAGGAUUUUUUUUUUAAUGAAAUAAAAAAUGCAUUUUUAUGA